CCGCCAUCAACACUGAAGGCAUGGAAGUCCACUAUUGAUCUGUUUCCUGCUGUAGAGGAAAAGGAUAUAUACAACUACAUUGUACUGAAAAGAGACUCGAAACGUCAAUUGAAGGCGAGGACUUAUUAUGUGGACGGACAUGUACAGAAAGUUGAGGUCCAUCUCAUAAGCGAAGAGUGCAGCCACUGUUAUGUUCAAGCUUCCGUGCUGCCAUCAUUUCCAACUGCAGACAAAAGAAAGUCACCAGAGUACCAACCCUGGAUCCUUCUGUCGAAAGUGACUGGCUGCAUACACUCCGCGUUCUGCAACUGUCCAGCUGGUGAAGGUGAAUGCUGCAACCAUAUUGGUGCCCUGCUGUAUGGACUUGAAGACCUGACGCGUAAAAAAAACCCUUGCUCCAACAUCCAAACCCUGUGCCUGGAACAACUUCAGCAUGCUGUCUGCACCACGGAAACGUAAGCUGUCGCCUAGGAAAUCUGAAGAUCUUAUGUUCUCAAAGAAGAAACUGUACAACGUGUCAGUACGUAAAGUUUCUGUAAACAAAAACCAUGAACUGAACUCUAUCAAUGGAUGCACUGUUAACAUUGACAGAUUUAGGCAGAAACUGGUUGGUUCGAAGUUGAAUGUAGGCUGGUUAAAAAACUUUGAAAUUGAAACAACUGAAAAUGAACCAGAUCUCCCUGUGUUACAUUCUGUGCCAUUCAACUACCAUGAUAGUGUAAACUUGAGGGACAGUUCUAGUAAGACAGUGUUUUUGGAUCAUUUUGACUCUUUGAAGCAAAGCGCUGAAGAAAUUCAAUUAACUGAAAUCUUAACAAGGGGCCAAAAAAGUGGGAAAUGGCAAGAGGCCAGAAAAGAACGCCUAACAGCUUCAAACUUUGGCAGCAUCUGUCGUAGGAAAGAAUCAACUGAACCUGACGGACUCCUGCGGCAGAUGUUGUAUUCCAAUUUCACAAGCAAGUACACAGAAUAUGGAAUUAAACAUGAGAAGGCUGCAAAGAGAAUGUAUGCGAAAGCAAUGCAAACUGACCACAAAGGACUAGCAGUUAAAGACAGUGGUCUAGUUGUAUGUGCCGACAGACCCUACCUUGGUGCCAGUCCAGAUGGGCUUGUGUUCUGUUCACAUUGUACAGAAAGUGUUGGUCUGGUUGAGAUUAAGUGUCCUGCCUCUAAGAAAUGGAGGAUGCAAACGCCUGAGGAAUGCUGUGAAGACAAUGAUUUUUUUUGUCAGUUAGAGAAUGGCAAGGUGUUACUCAAGGAAACACACAAAUAUUACUACCAGGUCCAAGGGCAGAUGGGAAUCACCGGGAGGAAAUGGUGUGAUUUUGUAGUUUGGACAUGUGUAGGUCUUUCUAUACAGAGAAUUGCAUUUUGUGAAUCAUUUUGGCUGAAAAUGUUGUGUCAACUUGACAGAUUUUGCCUUGAAUCAUACAUUCCUGAACUGUACGCACAACGUGUUAAAAGGGGAAUGAGUCUGUUCAAUUGAUUUGUACAUCGUCUAGUUA